AUGCAGCUGCUCAAAUUUUGCCUCGCUGUCCCCGUCGGGCUGGAAGAACAAGAACCUGGCUCCGAAGAAGAACCAAGUAGAACCCCAGAAGUGCGAGAGAUCGUGGCGGAGGCGUGCUACGAGUCCGGGUUUUUGGACUACGAAAGUGACAGUCAAGGCAUGUGCAAGACGGGGCUGUGCAAGGCGCAAAAGGUGAAGGUAGAUUUGUACGUGCGCACCGUCUGCGGUGAUAUCGGUAGCAGAACCGGUGAAGCUGAAGAUGCGGAUGCCUGUAUGGAAGAUAAAGUUCGUCCGAAGUAUCUUGGGAGUGGCAGCGACGAGGAACGACGUCCGAGCGAUAUAUCCGAGUGCACAACUAGUACGGAGAAGUGUUAGAAGUCCUCUGUGAUGUUGCAGCUCAACUACAUUUCGGGAGCAUGCAAACGCGCAAGUAGUCGAGCGCGCCCUGGUUCUUGGCGGACCGAGAAGUAUUGAUAGCACUGCACCAACAAUAAUUUGUCGCAUUCUGCUCAAGAGGACAAAAGAAUCGCUUGUGUUGUAAACAACUUUUUGAUCAAAGCGCAAAGAACUACAGGCUGCGUGGUCUGUCAUGCUGGUCAUGCAUGCAUGAGAACAAGCAGUGGAAAAAUAAAUUCUUACUACUAGUUGUGCACUCUUAUACCUGAUCUUCAAGUACUAUUUCUCCGUUGGGCGGAUCUGUCAGUGGUACGAGGAGGAAGCCGCAUGUGUCCCGAAUUGGAUUGUCGAGGAAGAUGGCAAAAAAUACGACCUGUAUCUCACGGGAGAUAGAGAAAAAAUAACUAUCGACAGUAAAAGGGCCUUUUCUUUGCAAGAGGAUGAGGAGGUGAAUGCAUUGUAUGAAGGGUUGAAAGACGUGUGCGCGGCAAACGCAGCCGGCGACGUAGAAGAAGACGCCGAAGUUCAGGGCGUCGUCAACACAGCGCGUGCCAGGAUCGGACUGAUUGACGUGUAAAUGGACAACGUGGCGAGUCAAUAUUUUACGAAGCAGUAUUACUUCUUUUUCUACUGCACCUCAUUUUCUUUUUUUCGUUCCUUUCUUCGUGGCUAUUUUACGGAAAUUCAAUUUCAAAGUCAAGCUGCAAAAGUACAUUGCUCUUCAUGACCGAAAGACAAACUUGCUUUUCAGUGGCGAAUCCCGCCAUUCACGAAAAGCGAGACAAGAAACACUCUUGCAGUAGAAGUAGAUAUGAGAACCACCAGUACGAGAAUCAAUUCUUCAGAUUUUUCGUCACUUAUCUGUACCACGAUGCAAUAGAAAAGUAGGAAAUGCGGGCAUGGUCGCACCCGCAUGACGAGGCGAG